AUCUCACGAUGAGGUGUCUGUGAUCUCACAUCGACGCGAGGGGAGCGAGCGGGGCGCGGCAUCAUGACGUCCGAGCGUGCCAUACCGCACCUGCGGGACAUCUUCGGCCUCAACCAACAGUACGACGGUAAAACCUUUGACGACCCAGACGACGCAGUCCGCAAGAACAAAAAGAAAAAGGAAGACUACCGCACGUACGGCAACGGCGAUGUGAAGACCUUAGAGAGACAUCUCAGCAUGAAGAAAACGAUCAGGAAAAAGAUCAUGCGCGACCUUCAGCAGGCGUUCGUUGAAGACCCUAACGAGUUUAAGGUCGAGAACACGAGCCCUGAGAAAUUGAAGGCGGAGUUGAGCGCUGAAGCUGUCAAAAUCGAGAAGAACGUUCGCAAGAACGACCCCACGUUCUUGGACAUGUUGCGGGGCGAGACGAGGGGCGAGGAGGCCAGGGAGGAGCAGCCGCCCGCCGAGAAGACCAGCUUCUGGCGGCGUCUCACCAUGAAGAACAAAAACAAGAGAUAAAAGACAAACGCAACGCCGUGCAACACGUCGCUCCGACACUCACGCCGACACGUUCUCACCAUAUCAACUAUUUAUUGUCAUCGACUUUUUGAUAAUAUUUUACACUAGACACGGUCGGUAUAAUGUAGAACUGAUAGUCCUGCGAGUUGUAUCGGAGACAUCUAAGACGCUUUCUCAAUAGUUAGGUAUCCGAAAUCAAUAUGUUAGUUAAACGUAAGUGAGCUUAUUUAAUGAGAACGGAGCGACGUGUUAAAAUUAUUCGCGGCCAUUGUUACUUAUAAAAAGAUAUCUCGUUCUAUGUGAUGUAACGUUAAGCCGGCUAAGUUAGUGUAAGAGUACGUAGAUAUGUGCGUAGGCUAAGUAUUUCGUAAGGGCGAUUGUGUAAGGUAGACUUCUGGCAAUUCCUUGUUGUGACAAUUUUAUUAUGAUGCAAUAUAAAUAAUUUUACACAUUUAAAA